GGGAAUUGCGAACUCAUGAAAUGUUCAUUUUCAAUUAUUGUACUCCGUAAAUGAGUGGUCCUGGCGCGUGAGUCGUGAGAGGAGUGAUGAGUUCCGAUAUUCGAGCUCGGACCUCAGAUAUUUCGACAUCAUCUUUGGACUCACCAGUCACCACGACUAUUUCUUCUCGUCUACGGAACGAUCAUUAGCAUUACAUGUCUCUUCAGGCGUACUCAAUGUCUGUCUGAAGCGGGUUCCAUCUGCCCGAGACAUGACAACAUGGCGUCUUUGGUCUGCGCGCAUCCUCCGCCGGCCUUUUCCCCCCCAUCCACCCACCAACCUCCAUGAGCGCCGCCCGCUCCACACGUCCAACCUCCUCCAUGCCCGCUAUCGACCCAUGCGCUCGAGUCGGCAAUCCACCGAGCCGAAAGUCCUCAACCCCACCGUCACCGCUGAGUCGAUCGGCCUAUAUACCGAUACCACCCCGCCUAACGCCGCGCAACUCACCUACGUCAACAAAUUCUUCCGCCAACCCGCCUCGUUCCUCUUCGCCUCGACGUCACUCCUCUCCCUCCCGCGCGACUCGCUGGCCCCUGAGAUCGCCUUCCUCGGCCGCAGCAAUAUUGGGAAAUCGUCGCUGCUGAACGCGCUCAUGCGCCGACCACCGGGCCCGGCGGCGGCGAAGACGGCGUUGGCGAAGGUGAGCAAGCGGCCGGGGUUGACGAAGGAGAUGAAUUUCUUUAAGGUGGGGAGGGGAGGGGAUCGAGAUGAUGCGGGGGGGACCAGGAGGAAGGGGGGUCUGGUAGUGGUGGAUAUGCCGGGUUAUGGGUUUGGGAGUCGCGAUGCGUGGGGAGGGGAGAUAUUGAAGUUUUUGAAGCAGAGGAAACAGCUUCGGAGAGUGUUCGUCCUGGUUAGCAGCAAGGAACUCCUCAUGGAAUCCGAUUUGCAUCUGCUUCAGCUUCUGUACGAGAUGAACGUCCCGCACCAGAUCGUCCUCUCCAAAGUGGAUCGAUUGCUCCCUCCGGGAAGAAACUCCUGGUUCGGGGACAAUACGUCCGAGGCGUUGACGACGGACCUUCGAAAGAAGAUCACCAUGGUCCAAGAGCAGGUGCGAGAACUACAAGACGGGCCGGGCGGCAUGAAGGCGAUGGACGACAUCCUCGCGUGCAGCGCCAUGACCGCGGGUCCCAAGGGUCAAUUCCUGGGAAUGGCAGGCGUGCGGUGGGCGGCCUUGCAAGCAUCGGGCUUAGACUGCGAUGACAGCGGUAAUGUGCGAACUGUCGAUUUCGACGUGGUCAAACCGGAUAAGGGGAAGUCCGACACCGUCGAACCUGAUGAGUUCGACACCAUCCAACCUGACGAGAGGAAGUUCGACACUGUCCAACCUGAUGAGGGGAAGGGGUUCUAUAGGCCGUUGUGAUGCCAUUUGCGAGACUUGGGGUAUCUAGACAUGAACCUUUGAAGCGCCCCCAUAGCGCUCGAUAUUUCAAACCAGUCAUCCCAAAACCAUAUCCCUUGUAAACAGUUUUGAGAGGCAUACACGCCCCGUUUCACUCCGUCCGCCUCCAUUUUGUCUCGCCCCUAUUCCCCGCAUC